CUUCUUAUAUUCACCUUGUUGCCUAGGUCCAUAAAUGUCAGGUAGGUCCGUUUUGGUAAAUGACAUUGCACUGUUCCUGUAGUUUCUAGACAGUUUAUUGGAAUGAGUUCAUGCAGAAAAAAAGGAGUUGAGAUGAUUUGUGUCAAACACUUUUCAUUAGGGCAAUUAUCUUUUCUAUGCUAAAAAUAAGUCGUCUGUUUUCUCAAAUUUGCUAAAAUAAAUUUUGUCUGGUGGGUGACCCUUAUGUUUGAGAGAGCAGGGGGGUAUCCAGAAUAAGACAUUAAGAUGAGAUUUUCCAGAGUUUUCUCAAUGAGUUAGUACAGACACAGACUUGCAGAACCAGUGUUUGCCUGUAUGUCACUAAAAUGUAGUUACAGUAUAAAAGGUAAAUCGUUAUACAUCUCAGUAACUGUAAAUUCAGUUUUCUUCAAUCUGAUUUUGUGCAAUUUAGUUUGGGCUAAAUGAAUGCAGGAAAAGAGUUUAAUUACACAGGAAACACGGAAUAAAUGUCCACGGUAAAUAGACUGAUCUUAAUUCAGCCUGCUUUUGUGCGACCAGGUCAAGGAUAUGUUCAACCAUGUGGAAAAUCCUGGUUUGAUGCCUUACCACCCCUGGUACUGUUUCUUUUGCAGUCUAACUGGCAUUGCAAAAAGUAAAAUUAUUUUAAAUUAUGGAGUAAAAGUUCAUAGCAGAAGAAAAACUCAGGUUGCAUAGACUAGUUAACAAAAACAAACCAACCCCGUUAGGUGCGUGUAAACAGACAGCAAUUCAACAAUUCUGACCAAUUAUGUACUUUUACUGAAUCUUGUGCGAUAAUGUGUUACGCGUUGCAUAUGUUGAGUGCUUUUAUUUUGACAGGUAAGAACGGUGACAGUGGUUGUGCAAAGAUGUGCAAUUUCAUUGGUUUUAAGUGUAAAAAUGAAUAAAGGAGUUUCAUUCAAAUAACCGAGCCAAAUAUAUCUCCUUAGUCCAUAACAGUUCUAUGCAGAUAGAAUAGCUUUGUCUUUUAUUGCACUACCCUAAAGGUGUGCUUUUUUAAGUUGUUUUAGUACAUAACGUGUAAGUCAGAAAUACCACAGUUUUAAAGCGACAUGAUUUCCCUUUUGACAAACUAAUCCCGGUCAUAGCUGUCUCUUCUUAUCCCGGAUUCGCACACUUGCGACGGAAUAAACCAGGAUGUGUUUACUAGCAUAGGCCAAGUUAGGGCCUUUUACUUCCUGGAUAUCUUAAUUCUACUUUGGCGUAAUACCGCUCAGAACUGCGGCUCAACUCGCCAACUCGCUCAGUCGUCGCUUAGAACUUUGAACUAGAGUCGCACCUGUAACUAACAGAAGCCGCGCCAUGGCCGCACCUCCUGUUAUCAUAUGGGAAAACGAAGUCCAGAAGCUAAUGUCGUACAGUGAGCUGGUCCCGUGCCUCGAGGAUGCGUUGGGGAAGUUUUCCCGACGAGAUAGCGCUGACGUUAUUCAGCCUGUGCGGACCACCGUGGUCCUACAGAAGCAAAACGGCUUCAUGGGACUGAUGCCCACAUACAUGGAGAAUGACGGGGUCUUGUGCACGAAACUCGUGUGUUUCUACAAAAGACAGGAUGGCUCCACUUUGCCUUCCACUCAAGCCACAGUAGUGCUGCUGGAUCCAGAGUAUGGGAACGUGAAAGCAGUACUUGAUGGAGAUGUCAUCACAGACGCAAGGACAGCUGCAGUCUCUGCAAUCUCUGCUAAGCUUCUGAUGCGUCCUAAAGCAGAGGUGCUAGCCAUCCUGGGUACCGGCAGACAGGCACUGAGCCAUUAUAACAUCUUCAAUGAAAUGUUUUCAUUUAAAGAGGUGCGCAUAUGGAGCCGAACAUUAGAAGGAGUGGAAAGGUUUCGGCAAUCGGUCAGUGGUCCCCUGACAGCAUGUGUCUCAGUGGAGGAGGCCAUAAAGGAAGCAGAUGUCAUAGUGACAGCAACAAAAUGCACAGAGCCAGUGCUCUUUGGUCAGUGGGUCAAACCAGGGGCCCACGUGGUAGCAGUGGGAGCGUGCAGACCAGACUGGCGAGAGCUUGAUGAUGUGCUGAUGAAAGAGGCAGUGGUGUAUGUUGACAGCAGGGAGGGAGCAAUGACAGAGUCUGGUGAUGUCAUCCUCUCUGGGGCGCAUGUGUUUGCAGAGCUUGGAGAUGUUAUUAAUGGAACGAAACAUGCGUACAGAGAGAAAACGACUGUGUUCAAAUCCCUUGGAAUGGGAGUUGAAGAUGCUGCCACUGCUAAUCUGGUGUUUAAAAAGUGGCAAAAGAAAGCCGGUCAACUGUAAAGCAUCCAAGUUCAUUUCACUGCUAAUCACAUGUUUGUCAGAGUCCAAGCAUAAGACGACAUUCCUCCAUCCAAAUGAAGGAGUUAAUUCAAGUAUUAGAUAACACAAUGAUGUAUGACUGCACUGAUCAAUCUGCUAAAAUAUGCUGUGCACAAAUGCUUAGAAUAUAUGUUGUCUACAAAAUUAUAAUGACUUAAUAACCAAUAGCAACACAUGCUUUUUUAAUUAAUUUAAUUGCUUGUUUAAAAACAUCUGCAUAUUACAUGUGAAAAUUAAACCAAACUGCAAGAAAAAAGUAUGAUCAUGCACUACGUCUGCCACUGUAAUGUUAAUAGAUUGAGUUGCACUCCUUUCCUACACUCAAGUAUUUGUUCGUUGCUCAUUUCAAAAUGAACAGCAUCUGUAGAAGAAUUAUUGCUCAUCAUUACAACCUUCAUGACAGUAAUAUGACCAUAAUAUAUUGAAUAAAAAGCCUGAAGCACA